CAUAUUAACCGCAAGGGGAGCAACAUCUCACUUUUCUUCACAAUCUCCACUGAACUCUCAUUACGACACGCAAUUUAUCCUCAUCAUUCACUGAAUUCAUGAUUUAACGGUGUGACAGUAAAGCCACGAUGAGGCCUGUAGCUCAACUGCUCCACAACAAGUUUGUUGUGGUGUUAGGAGACUCAAUCCAGCGCUCAGUGUACAAGGAUUUAGUCUUAAUCCUGCAGAGAGACUCAUAUUUAAGCUUAUCUCAGUUAAAAAACAAGGGUGAGGUUUCGUUUGAGCAGGAUUGCCUGGUGGAAGGCGGUCGGUUGGGUCGGAUGAAUAACGGCACUGCGUACAGAGAAGUGAGACAGUACCGUACUGAUCACCACUUGGUCCGCUUCUAUUUUGUGACGCAAGUUUUCUCCCGAUAUAUGGAGAGUAUCCUAGCUGACUUUGAACAGGGCAUUAAACCAGACCUGGUUAUAGUGAACUCUUGUGUGUGGGAUAUAUCCAGGUACAGCCAUCAAUGGGCCUCAGAGUACAAGGAGAACCUUAACAAGUUCUUCAGGAAGUUAAAGGCCAUUUUGCCUGAAGAGAGCCUGGUUGUGUGGAACGUGACAAUGCCUCUGGGAAAGAAGAUUGUGGGAGGUUUCCUGGUCCCAGAGAUUCAGCACAUGGGUCCCACAUUAAGAUUCGAUGUGAUCGAGGCGAAUUACUUUGGAGCCACUCUUGCCAAUAAUUUUGGCUUCGACGUGCUGGACUUACACUUCCAGUUUCGUUUCAGCCUGCAGCACAGGAUGCAUGAUGGUGUGCACUGGAAUUCUGUCGCCCAUCGCAAAAUCACAUGCCUCAUCCUGGAGCAUGUGGCUCAGGCGUGGGGAGUGGAACUGCCAAAACUUGACCAGAUUAAUGCAGAUACUCACCCACCAUUACGUGAGAACCGUAGUUGGCAAACGGCUCCUGCUCGCUAUCAAGGAUCGUAUAGCAACCAGAGAUGCUUUUAUCCUCCAGUGAUGCCCGCCACCCACUACAACAAUGGUCUGGUCUGGACACAGGGCCAAAGGAUGAGGCAGUUCAGUGGCUUCGGUUCACAGUAUAGCAAUGAUGAUCUGCCUCCCAACUCGACACGUUACCAGAGCUUUGAAAGGAAAGCCUUCUACAGAGGAUCGUAUAGCAACCAGAGAUGCUUUUAUCCUCCAGUGAUGCCCGCCACCCACUACAACAAUGGUCCGGUCUGGACACAGGGCCAAAGGAUGAGGCAGUUCAGUGGCUUCGGUUCACAGUAUAGCAAUGAUGAUCUGCCUCCCCACUCGACACGUUACCAGAGCUUUGAAAGGGAAGCCUUCUACAGAGGUGCUAAUAAUGCUGCCCCCUACUGGCCAGUGAACAACUUGGUCAUGAAGCAGAAACACCAAAAACCACAUAACCGAGAGAGACGGCAUCCCUACAGAUAUUAAAUCCAUCAAGACAACAUCUCAUUGUGUAUGACUGUAAUAUGCAACACUGUUGCAAAAUCUCUUCCUUAAAAAAAUAUUAAUUUUGUUGUACUUUUGUCUUUGUAGAUUUUUAAUAAAAAAUGCAUACACUU